AUGCGUGGAGCCGACGCCGUUAUUCAGGCACUGGAAAAAGAGGGAAUACGUUACAUAACCGGGUUCUCCGGCGGGGGUUUGGCUCCGCUUUGGGAACCGUUGCGUAAUUCCUCGACCAUCCGACCCUUCGCAGCUCGCAACGAACGCCUCGGCGUGGAAAUUGCUGAUGGCUACGCCAGGGCCACCGGUGAGGUUGGCGUUGCCAUGACCGGAACCGGCCCGGGCGCUACCAACUGCCUCACCGCCAUCGCCGGUUGCUACGCGACACAUCCCGUCUGCUUCCAGGGCCACGCACCCAUGCGUAACCUCGGUCAGAAUGCAGCAGAGGAAGGAUCGGCAGCAUCAUCUCGUAUGGUCUCUGCAAAUGGCGUGGCGCAUUAA